GCUACUUUACACUUCCUGGCUGUGAGCAUACAGGACUUGUGUCACUUCAGCUUCAAGGCCAAGAAAUUAAGGAGAGUCCCUUCUGACACCUACAUCAUGCCUCCAUUUCUUCUGUGGUCUCAGCUGCAACUUGUCUGACCAUUGGUCAUUGACUCUUCCUCCUGUCUUCCAAGACUCUUAUUGUGAUGCUAGAUUGUUGCCUCUCAAUGUAAUUAAACACUGGAAGCUUUUCUUCAAGGUGGGCAUCUUUCAAAAAGAUUAGGUGAAAAACAAUGGCUAAUACAUUUGCACGUCUCCUGGUUGGUCGAAGAACUGCUGUUUUAGUUGCAACAGUCAGUACUGGAGCUAUGGCUACUGGAUACUUUUUAAAUCAGCAAAAUGUGAAAGCUGAAUCUUUUGGGCAUAAGAAAUUAUUUCCUCCCAGUGCAGACUACCCUGAUCUUCGUAAACAUAACAACUGCAUGGCUGAGUGCCUCACUCCAACAAUCUAUGCCAAACUGAGGGACAAGAUGACUCCAGGUGGCUACACACUGGAUCAGUGCAUUCAAACUGGUGUUGAUAAUCCUGGACACCCUUUUAUUAAAACAGUGGGCAUGGUCGCAGGAGAUGAAGAAUCCUAUGAGGUAUUUGCUGAGAUUUUUGAUCCUGUUAUCAAAGUAAGACAUAAUGGAUAUGACCCCAAACUAAUGAAGCAUCAUACUGACUUGGAUUCUUCAAAGAUUACCCAAGGACAGUUCGAUGAGCGUUAUGUUUUAUCCUCCCGUGUACGCACGGGACGAAGUGUUCGUGGCCUGAGCCUCCCUCCCGCCUGCUCCAGGGCAGAGAGAAGAGCUGUUGAGAACGUCGUUAUCACUGCUUUAUCUGGGCUGAAACGAGACCUGGCUGGAAAAUAUUAUAGCCUGACAACUAUGUCUGAAAAGGAGCAACAACAGCUAAUUGAUGACCAUUUCCUAUUUGAUAAGCCAGUUUCCCCUUUGUUAACGUGUGCUGGAAUGGCCCGUGACUGGCCAGAUGCCAGAGGAAUAUGGCACAACAAUGAUAAAACAUUCCUCAUCUGGAUCAAUGAAGAAGAUCACAUUAGGGUGAUCUCCAUGGAAAAAGGUGGCAACAUGAAGCGGGUUUUUGAAAGAUUUUGUCGUGGAUUGAUAGAGGUUGAGAGGUUAAUUAAAGAACAAGGCUGGGAAUUUAUGUGGAAUGAAAAUUUAGGAUACAUCCUCACUUGUCCAUCUAACCUGGGAACUGGAUUACGUGCAGGAGUUCAUGUUAAACUUCCAAAACUUAGCAAAGAUCCUAGAUUUUCAAAGAUCCUGGAAAACCUGAGACUUCAGAAGCGUGGCACAGGUGGAGUUGACACAGUUGCUGUAGCAGAUGUGUAUGAUAUUUCCAAUCUAGAUCGUAUUGGACGAUCAGAGGUGGAACUUGUCCAGUUAGUCAUUGAUGGUGUGAACUAUAUGGUUGAUUGUGAAAAGAAGUUGGAGAAAGGUCAAGACAUCAAGAUACCACCACCACUGCCUCAGUUUGGCAAGAAAUGAAACUGCUUCCAGUGAUUAUCAUCUGACUGGAAAUAUGUCUGUGGAUUGACUAUGUAUUCUGUGUUUCUUUAAAAUAUUAAAGAGAAAUAUGGAUAACAUUUUUCCUCAAAUAGGUACCUAUUAAUCAGGGGGUUGGAUAGGGUUGCUGAGAAGAAGACAGGAAUGUAACAUAUAGAAAUGUGCAUAAUAUAAAUGAUUGCAAACAUCACUGCUGAAGAGUAGAAUUGCCCUUGAAGAUUAGCAUUUCCCUGUGAAGUUUAAUUUCUUUUAAAGCAUACACAAAGGAAUCUCAUUUCCUUUCUUUUCCUUUAUUCAAUUAUUUCUUCCAAUGUCCUCAUUCCAUUCAUUUAGUUCAGAUUUUCCAUCUUUCCUUAAUCCUCUUACCCAGCUCCAUUCCCUUUUCUUUCUUUCUUUUUUCUUUUCUUUCUUUCUUUCUUUCUUUCUUUUUUGCUGUUUCUGGACACCAAUGUGCUUGAGAGUGUGUAAUUUGUGCAUAUGAUUUUGAAUGGUUGCUAUAUACAGAGCCAAAUGUUAAAAAUAAAGUGCUGGUUAUUACAAGUAACACAUUUUACUAUACAUUUUAGCUAUCAAUUCAGUGUUUUUAUUUAUUCCUUAAUUUUGCCCAUUUUCGGAAGGUGCUUCUGGCAGAUACAUAGACACACAUACAUACACGUAUAUAAAUAUGUGUCAUAUGCACACAUUUAUGUAAUGGGGGAGCAAUUCCCAAAUUAGUUUCAGAUGGUGAUGGCAACCCUCGACUGACGGGAUGAAAAAUUUUUAUUAUUUUUUCCUCUGUACAUUUCCUUUGAAUAGGGAAAAUAGUUAAAUAUUGGUUGUCUUCAUUUUAGAUAAGCACAAAUUAAUGUAAUAUAUUAUUAUAUGUAAAAUUAGAUCUUAGUGGCAUAUUAAAUACUUUAUGAUGCCUCAGAUGCUACAUAUCUUUUCAAUUUAUUUUUAAAAAGACAUCAAUUAUUCACGUAGGCAAUUCUAUGGCUUUGGCAUAAGGAUAUUAUGUCAGCUUCAGACUUGUGAGAUCCCACAUACGAGCAGAAACAGAGAUGAGGCAGCUAUGCCAGGAUCUUUUCUCACAGUACCCAUUUGCAAUAUCACUACUCAUUUGUAACAGCAAUUCCAGUUACCGUAUGUUUCCUUAUGGAGUUAAUGCAUGGAGUUAAGGCUCUAAAUGAGAAUGCUGCAAUGAUGUCAUAUUGCCUGGAAUAUGCAUUUAUUUAGUGCACAAGCUAUUGCUGUUGUUCUCCUUAACCCCUGACAGGUACUUAGAAUUUCAUCCUUCUCAGUUGUUCAAAUAGUUAAUUUUUGUUGAUUUACUGGUGCCCUCUGAAAUGCUGACAUUUCAUUACGAGACUAGCUAACAUUAGCAGACCUAUCAUCCUAUGCACCUAUGAUGCUACCUAGUCUUAAGAUGAAAUGUCUGCAGGAAAACAACCAAACUCAGAAAACACCAAGACUCCAAUAGUUCAACCCUGAAUUAGAUACAGUUCUGCAUUACUAUUGGAGAGAGGGGUGUCUGUAUGUGUGAGAGAGAAAGAGAUAGAAGGAAGGAGGGACAGAAAUUAGCAGAUCUAGAAAGCCACUUUGAAGAUGAACAAAAACAACUGGAGGUGACAUCCUCAACUGGAUGCUACUAAUUUGGUCCUUUUUGAUUAUCUCACAUUUACAAUAAUCAGUUGAAAUCAGUAUGAUUUAUUUCUGAGUAAACAUAAAGUAAUUGAGAAGAUAGAUUUCUACUAGCACCAUCUAGUAGAAAGAUCUUUAAAAAGAUUGCCAGAUGUAACUUCUGGUGUGUUAUCUGUAAAACUCAACACAAAAUAACAUUUAUAAUCCACAUCUGCUAAUGUCUUUUAUGCUUAGUAAGAAAUAAAAUCUAUCGAUUUCAAUUAUAUUAAUUUUCACAAAUGCUUAUUUGAAGCUAAGUUACAAGUUAGGAUUUUGCUACUGAUUUUUACUCAAACACAUAUGAAAUGAGAUAUAAGUUGUUUAUUAACUUCAUUUUUUAUCUUUUUUUCUCAUGCUCUAUUGAAAACAGUCAUGCUGGACAUGAGAAAACAGAUACAAUUACAUUGAGAUAUUGUUUUAUUAGACCAAUACAAAAGAUUGUACAUGCAUUUGAUUUUUCAAGAAUGUUUCAUCAAGCAUAAUGUUCUGUGAUAGACUCUCAUGCAUAUACGAUAAUAAGCAAAUUAGGCAGCAGUGAAGGAACCUAGAUUCCUUGAUGUAUCUUCCCAUCACAAAGCUUUGUUGUUUUUAAUCACUCAUUCCUAUGGCUAGUUUUCAAUGAAGUGUUUAUAUCUUAACCAAGUACAUCCUGUUUUGGCUUCUGUUGUAAAUCUUCACAUGGAGUGCCACAAGGGUAACAGCUCAAAUGUUUUUCAGAGAAAAGAAUCUGGGAAAAUGCAUGGUAGGAAGCAAAACAGCUCAGAAGCCUUGCCAGACAUCCAAGGAAUAUGUGAUUAUGUCUUAAUUAAAAAAAAAAAAUGGGAUGGAAAGCUUUUUUUUAAUUUUUAAAAAUGAAUCCUGAUCUGGUAUGCUUUCCUAUUUCUCUCAACUCUGUUUCAGAUUUUCUUUUGUUCUGAUAAUAGGUUUAUAUCAGAUGUUAAAACACUGACUAUCUAAAAUAAGGACAACAAAGUACAAAGGUCUGACAUAUGUCAAUCAUGUCCAACUUUAGGGCGCAAAGCUCAUCUCCAUUUCUUGCCUGAGGGAGCCAGAGUUUUCCAAAGACAAUUUCUGUGGUCAUGUUGCCUUCCCACUGAAGUGGUAUUUGCUUUGGUGCUAUUUAUAUUGAUCUGGGAGAUAUUGGGCUUCUAUCAGCUUGAUUCUGAGGAGGAAUAGAUGAUAUUAUUAAUGUUAGAUCAUAUUAGGUAGCCCCUCCGAUAUACAGUUUGUUUCUUAAUUUUAGUAGUCUUAAAUGGAUAGGCUAAUUAUCUGAAGAUUAUUUGCAACUAGUGGUAGAAAGAAAUGGAACCAGGUACCAUUUAAUUAGGACAAUUCUUUCUAUAUAAAACCUAAAACAGGAGAGUUGUCCUUUUUGUAUACAACUUAUAAGGGUAUGAUGAUAAAGGGACAAGUUUCCUGUUUUAGGUUUUAUAUAGGUAAAUUCUUCUUAUAGAUAAUAACUGGGAAAUGCGUAUGAAAGUUGUGCUACAAAAACUUUACUAUAGCAAAGGAUAUAUUCUUCUUCUAUUAUUACAUAGAAAUAUGCUGACUGCAAGGAAGAAAGGUGUUGAUUCUUGUGAGAAACAUAAUUAGAAUGCUCAGCGAGGAACAUAAUCAGAUUUUAGAAAAAUACAUUAUUUGUCCAUUAUUAAUAAAAUACGAUUACAGAUUGUAUUUUCAUGAACAAGAAUAUAGGAACAUAUGGACACAUCUAUGUUUUGAACAAUAUAUAAGAUUAAAUCAAAAGUAAUAAUUAAAAAAAAUUGCAACAGCUACAAAUGAACAAUGUAUUUUUCUAUACUUAAAGAUAACUUUUAUAUUUUAUUUAAAUACAUGCUAAAACAAAGCAAGAAAAUUAGCAGAUCUGGAAACCUGUCAUUUAUGUAGCUGUUGGGAAUUAGAUCUGUUUAUAUAACAUCUCUCUCUUCCCUACUAUUAACUGGAGCUUUAAGUCCAAGGUUUUUUGGCAUAUUAAUCCUUAUCAUUUGGUAUGUACUACCCAUAGAUAGAAUUAUAUUGGCACACAUUAUGAUUAUUUUGAAACGACAUCAAUUUUUAAUUGUACGCACUCAACCAAGUGUUUCUUUUUCCUGAUACCUUCUUUUAUAUUUCCUGUCUUUUCAUCUAGAUUUUCACUCUAUAUUUAGGAAUUCCUUUGCAGCUAUCUUUUUCUUUUUUCAUUUCUUUUAGUCAGUCUUAUCAAUGUUGUGCAUCUUCAUUUAAAAAUAUGAUCUUCAUAUACUCGCAUGAAUUAUAUGGCUGCAUAUGCUUCGCAUUUCACAGGGGAUACAUAAUAAAGAUAUUGUCUCCAUCAA